AAGCGGCCUGAGGACAUGACGGAUGUUUCGUUAUACAACAGAUAUCUCAAGGUUAGAGCAGGAGCCUUCGAAGCUGGAGCGAGGAUCCUAUCACCGCUUGUGGCACAAAUCCUGGAGGGCCGGAGCGGACGGGCCGUGUCGCUGUUCAUGGGCUCCAUCUCUAAUCCUUUGCCACCACUGCUCCAUUUGCACCAACCCCCGCAAACUUGGUCUUGGCACAAUGCCCAAGAAAGGACCAGGAUGAGUGGCAGGGAUAGUUCGCUAAAGCAAAACAAUGUCCCACCUGGACAGCAGUCAACCACAGCAAGGAGAGAGCAUGACGAUAGUUGCCAAUCUGGGGAUGUGGCCACGGUAUCAUCCACAAGCCCUUCGAAAUGUGACUCAACUCACCCACCCACUGCAACUCAUGUUCCACACCCUGCCGUUGCACCUGACCCUAAAUCUACAGGUUCAAAAGCAAACGAAUCUUUGCCAAGGCCAUGCUCUUCACCUAGAGUCUCGAACGACCAGUCUGUCCCCUCUGGGUCAGAUGGUAUGGUUCGUGCUCAUACAGAUGUCACCUUACCUACCUCAGCUGAGGGGAAGUCACUCACAAAGCAAGAAAAUGAACUCCCACUGCGCCGCUCAAACAGUGACAAGGCCUGCUCCCAAUCCUUGGUGCCAAAGGUGUGUGCCGAUGUGAGUCGAACACUUAGUGUGCCUGUGGUUCCUUUGAAACAGCCAUGUUCCUCACCGUCCACGAGGGAACACUUGGAGCAUGGAGCUUCGAAGAGCUCCCCAAACCGAACCACAGGCUCGGUGGCUCCAGUCGUGCAAGUGCAGGACUCAACAGGGAUCAACCCAAAGGUGGACAAGCUGUCACCAAAUGGAAUCUCCUCGCAGCACGAAACAGUAGUGCUGCCCAGUGAAGCUGCACCAAGCACCACCAUGGUGCAGCAGAGUGCCACAACCGCAGCUGAGGUUCUGUCACAGCCCGCAGUGUAUUCCCAGUCGUCGGUGCAAAGUGCAAGUGACGCCAGCUCCAUAGAAGUGAGGGUGGCCACCCCUUCGUCCAGCGAAAAAGACCUUCCGGCAGCAACAAAGCUUGAUUCAUGUGGGAUCAGUGCUUCUGUGAACAGUGUAGCGUGCUCAUCUGAUUCCGAUUCUCAUGAAAGUGCGAAGGGCAGCCUCACGUCCACUGAUGCGGACUCGGGGCUCCGAGUCCAGUUCACUGGUUCGAGUGCGAGGGAGAGGAGGGACAGCAGUGGAACGCUCUCCCUCAACCAGGCCCAGAUGAUUCCCAAGUCAGUGUCAUUUCAUAGUGGCACAAGCUUACCUGCUGAACGAAAGAUCUGCAGUGCUCACGACUGUCUUCAAUUUAUGAUCACCGGCAGCAGCCUUCUUAAGAUCAGGGCUAGCUCACGUCAGUACCGUCGCUACUUCACGCUCGAGGAAGACCUCUCGGCCAUUAAGUGGGUGCCAUCUUCAAAGAAGUCCAACAAAGCACGGUUAUCCAUACGUUCCAUACGAGAAAUCCGAAUUGGAAAGAGCACUGAUGUGCUGAGGGACAAGGAAGUGGCUGGAUGUUACUCUGAGGACUGUGUCUUCUCAGUCAUAUACGGUGAUGACUUUGAAUCGCUUGACCUCGUGGCCUCCACUCCCGACGAAGCCAACUUCUGGGUCACCGGCUUGAACAUGCUCAUCGCAGCAAACCGAUCACCUGAUAACCUGGAUGAACGACAGCGGAUGCGUGAAAAGUGGUUGCAGGAGAUGUUUGAAAAAGCAGACACAGAGAGAAAGGGACUUCUGGAUGAAGUGGAAACCAUAGCCCUGGUUCAGAAACUUAACAGCCAACUGAGUGUUGUCCGGCUCAAACAAAAAAUGAUGGAGUUUGAUGUUGGAAAAACGGAGCAAGACAGGGGCAGGAUAGACAGGUCUCAGUUUGUAAGCUUGUUCAAGGAGCUGGCUACUCGUCCAGAGGUGUACUUUCUCAUGGUGAGGUACUCUGGCAAAGACUACCUUACUGUUGAAGACCUCCAGUUCUUUCUCGAAGGUGAACAGGAGUUUGAGAACGUCACCGUUGAUGAUUGCCUGAAGCUGAUACAACGAUAUGAGCCCUCACAGGAGGCCAAGAAAAACAAGCAGAUGCUCUUGGAUGGGUUUACACUCUUUCUGCUGUCAGAUGAGUGCAGCCUAAUGGACCAGGCGCACAAGCAGGUAUUCCAGGAUAUGGACCAGCCUCUCUGCCACUACUUCAUAUCUUCAUCACACAACACCUACCUUAUGGAAGAUCAACUAAAAGGACCUUCGAGUAUAGAUGGCUAUGCUCAAGCCCUGAGCCAAGGGUGCCGUGUAGUCAAAGUGGACUGCUGGAGUAGCACUGAAGGGCCUGUUGUGUUUCAUGGCAACACGUUGACAGGAAAGGUCCCGCUGAGUGCAGUUCUAGACACUAUUCGUGAGCACGCUUUCGAGGCUUCUGAUUACCCGCUGAUUCUCCACCUCGAGAACCACUGUACACCUGAAGCUCAAGAAGAAGUCGUGGCUUUGCUCAUGGAAAAGCUGGGUGACCUUCUUUACAUUCCUGGCAGAGACGGCGAGGAGUUCACCACUAAGUUGUCACCUCAAUCCUUGAAAAGGAAGAUCGUCAUAAAGAGUAAGAAGCUUCCUAAAGAUUCUGAGGAGGCCGAAAUAUCCGAAGAGGAUGACUUUGUUGACAAAAACAGCAAUCACUCGGAAUCGCCCAAGAGGCUGAAGCUCAUCAAGCCACUGUCCGACUUGGUGGUGCUGUCGAGAAUCCACUUCACUGAUUUUCCAACUUCACAGCAAUCUCAAGCAGAAAACGAGGUGUGUGCUUUCAGUGAGACCUCUGCUCUCAAGUUGGGUCAUGCCUUGGCGGAUGAAGUGGCAGCGCACACUCGUCGUUUUUUAGCACACGUCUCGCCAACGGCCAGUCGGGUUGACUCAAGCAACUACAAUCCCCUGGAACUGUGGGCAUGUGGCUUCCAGAUGGCGGCCAUGAAUGUCCAGACAUCGGGCGUGUCAAUGGACCUGCAUCGUGGCUGGUUUCGACAAAAUGGCGGCUCUGGCUAUGUUCUCAAGCCGCCUUGCCUGCGCCAACCGUGGUCUGUCUUCAAUGCCUACCGACGGGAAACAUUCUCUGACAAUGAGCCUCUUUACUUGCGGGUCAAGAUAAUUAGUGGCCAGCAGCUGCCACUACCCAGAGGUGCCUCAAGCAAGGCCACGGCCAUCGACCCCUACGUGACAGUGCAGGUGUUUGGGAUUCCUACGGACUGUGCUGAAGCACGUACGAAGACUGUGUCCAAUGAAGGUCAUUCUCCUAUUUUUGAUGAGUGCUUCGAGUUCACAGUGGCUGCUCCAGAGCUUGCCGUCCUGCGCUUCGCUGUCCUGGAUGACGAAUUUAUUGGUGACGACUUCAUCGGCCAGCACUCAAUACCAGUGUCAAGCCUGAAAACAGGCUACCGUCACGUCCAGCUCACAUCUGAUACUGGCAAAGUGCUUGAAAACUCCUCACUCUUUCUUCACGUCACCAUGAGCACCCGGUCCGGAGACAAGAAAUUAAGAAGAAAACGAUCCUGGCAGACUCGACCGCAGGCUGAGAUGAGGCAUGUUGGCAUUCGUCACCUUGAUGAAGCCUUUAAGGGGGCGGCUGGUGCAUUGAAUGAGUGCCAGCGGCUCAAGGGAUCCUUGGACCGGGCCAUGCUCGAGUGCUGCGAAGAGUGCGGCCUACCAAGCAGCGCAAACUUGGCCCAGUGCCUGCGGGCAGCAGCACUGCGUCUGGCUUCAGCUUCUGAAGUGGUCGGCAUCAGCAUCGUUGAAGAGAAAGCGUACCCGGUGUUCAAGGUGCACGGUGAACCUUUUGUGAAGGCAUCAAAACUGGUCACCACAUUUGACAAGGUGCUGGCGGAGUGCAAGGCCAUCUCCGAGACAUCACAAUCUGUUUUCAAGACAUUGAAUGAGCUGUACCAGACCAUGAAAAGUUUCUCCGAGGACCUGAAUGGCAUGUGCACAGCUGUUGGUCUGAAAGGCAAGAAGGCUGAGAAGGCUACCGAGCAUUUUCUAUGGAACGCUAGCAUCGUAGAGUCGAGGAUGGACAUGCUUCGUAAAGUGGAUAAGGAAAGCCGUGCCUGCAUGAAACAGGUGCUUAGACUUGGGCAGACCGCAAGACGGCUCUAUCAGCGAGAACGAGAGGGGUCAUCAUCGCGCUCACAGUCUGCGUCGUCUUCUACGGGAAGCACGCUUUCUCCACCAGGGGCCAACACUCUGGGCUGCCCACAUCCACCUCCGCCUACGCCGACGUCUCCGGGUGGCAGCGACACCCGAAUACGAGGCAUCCUCAAAAAGACAUCGAACCAGCCUCCGCCUCUGAGCUCUCUGGAGGCCGUUGGGGUCAUUGACAAUUCCAAUGGAGGCGACCUACUUCUCACUCCAUCGCCGUCGCCUCGGGUGAAGCAGGCACCAAACCCUCCCGAACUUGGCACAUCGCUCUAGUCGUCACGGCAGCUCUGUGCCCCCUCCCCCCCCCCCCUCGAACUAUGCUGUGAAGUGCAACGAGGUCUCUAAGUCAUCCACAUGCUUGAUGUCUGGAACAUUUGGCAGAUGACAGAAUGGUAGUCGCGCACGUUUCAAAAGCUCCAGCUGGGCUGCUUGCAAGGCCCAUCAGCAUGUCCAAUCAUGUGGCAUUAUUUGAGCUUGGUAAACAGGUGAAACCAAGAUGGGGCACUUGCUCUCUCGGCAAGGCCAGCAUCUCCCUACUUACCAUGCAAAGCUUGCUGAAGCUGCCAGCUUGUAAUGGUGUGGAGCCAUGUCUCUCAGUUGAUCUAGAGCUCGUUGCUUCUUACAAGAAGUUUAAAAGGAAAGAUGCAAGUGUAGGUGUGCAUGUUCAUCGUGACUUGACUUGUCCUUGCAGCAUGUGUUCACAACCACUGAAAUCUUAUGUUCUGGAGCAGUGGUCAUUGUGAGGAACAAGUUUUCAACAAGUCACAGCUGCGUUUCAGAAUGCAGCAUAGUGCUAGUCAAACAGAAAUGACUGUGUGGAAGUCACAGUCGUUAUUUACAGCAGUUGUGUGCGUGCUGAUGUGUAGGGGAGUAGCCAUUGAAUGGGCGACUCUCUACAUAAACGUAGGCUUUUCUUUAAAGUCCAUGCGCUAGUCUCAUUUCCAAGGUCAGCACAGCCAGUGUAGCACUACAGCAGAUCAGUUUUUGGAUAAAGAAUGGCUGGAGGUGAUUACUUGUGUCUCUGCAGUUUUGUGCAGCCUGGUUGAAUCUGGAUUAGUAGAGACAAAGGAAGGAAGAGAUAGAGCAAAGUAGAAGUUGAGGCUAUUUGAGGCAACCUGACCCUAACUUGAUGCUACUCAUCCUAUUGUAAACUACCUUUUUGUCACUACCUGUUACAAACAUCGGCUGACCAUCAUGUAUGAGCUUAUUCAUCUGCUGUCAUAGGAACAUCUUGACUUAAAGACUACUUUAUUGUGUGCAUAAGCAAGGAACCAUUUCUAGCUCAUAGCCUUCCUUCUGCUGCACAGAACUACAGAGCUGUAAUGUUAAGCUUGUGUGCCUGAUGCACAGAUGCAGCUGCUGCUACGUAGUGCGCAACAAAGUGUGCAUCUCCGUAUGCAUCGCCUGUGCCAAUGGUGUUAGGUGCCUUUCACAUCCACAUUGAGGUGCAUCAACCUUCGACAUGGGGCUAGUUCAUGUUCUUCAGAGAGGAUACGUUAACAGCAUCAAUUCGAGUGUCGAGCACAGUGACACAAACAAGGCUACUCCAUAUUUGGGAGCAUAGCAUUGGCACGAGCUCUGCAGGAAAGUUACAGUCAAUGUGCCGCUACAUUCUUUAAAUGCGGUUCACAGAUUGCUGCCAUGCUUGCCAUGGCAUCUCUGGGAGGCUUGCCUUGAGUCAUCCAUGUGUACAUAGUUGAAACAUGAAGAUAUCUGUCAUUCCUGAGACCAUAACUAAACUUUAAGAGUGCUUGGCUAUGGCAGAAAAGCCUGCCGCUGUCAAGAAAGAGAGGGCCUUGCACAGCUAACUUGGAUGCUGGGCUCCCUGCAGAGAGUUUGUAUAUAUUGGGUAACUGACCAGUGUUCACCGUUUUGCUUUAACUUAUUGCGGAGCAAGAGGAGAAUCUUCUUUGUUUUUUUUUCGUGUGUUAAUAGAAUCCUUCAGAGUAACAGUGGUUUUCUGGGUCACCACUAGCUAGUUUUGUUGUGGGGUACACUACGUUGUUGUUUGGCUGUUGUUAAUACAGUAGACUGAGCUCAAGCUAAACUUUUGACUUGCUGAGAAAAAAAAAAUUGUCAUUAUAACCGGAGAAAGCUCUUUUGCUCUGUAUUGCAGAGGCAACAAGGAACACAUCUCUCGCAGCAUUUGCUGCAGCUGCUUUGUGAUAGAGUAAUAUAUGGAAUGUGCGCAUAAUCUGCAUUGUUAACUGUGGUCGUUGAAAGCCUGCAGCAUAACGUGUAUGCCUUAUGCUGCAAGGUCACAAAGGUACUGUGGCAAAACUAGGAUAUUGUUAGGCGGUACUUCAGUUGUCCUGAACAUUGAAAGAGUAAUGUUGCUAUCUGCACUUAAUAGUGUGCCAUUAGAGCAGAGAAAGUAGUACUUGCUUAAAGAAAUGGACAAAUGAAAUAAUGGGACGCAUACCGGCUGAUUCACAAGCGAUUUGCUUUGGAGUUAGGGAUGAUUAUAUAUCAGGCAAGGCAGUUCACUGCGCUUGCCGACUUACAAAAGCAACAACAAAAAAAAAAAGAAUUCUCACGGUUUUGAUAGACUAACAAAACAUUCUCAACAUUUUGAUUAACUAGCCCACAGGGGAAACUUUCCUUAAUUCUAUUCGAGGAGGAAAUCAAUGCAGAGCUGAGACACAUGUCCUCUAAGCUCUAUAUGUUUUUGCUGCCUGAGAUGUGAACUGCUUUGCUUGGUAUAAGUAUGGCCUCUACCUUUGACAUUAACUUAUUUUGAGUUAGCGCUGUAUUUAUCCUGCUUCAUCAUUUCUCCAUGUCUGCUAGAUGCUGCUGUAUCUACUCUAUUUGGAAGAACGCUGGAAGCUUGAAGAACAUGUGUUAACAGUUCUCAUGUUUUGGGCAAUAUGUUGUUUGGAUAGCUCCUUUGCAACUGGAAAUGCAGGUGUAAUGAAAAAAAGAAUGCAGACAAGGAUAUUUAUUCUUGCUUGACAACAUGAUGGAGCUUGAUAUAACUGUUUCAGUGGCUCCAGGAUCUUCGGAAUUAGCAAGGUCAAAGAAAACACACACAAGUACCGUUUGUCUUGCAAUUGGACUGUUCUCGAAUGGCCGUCCUUUAUUUGUUUUGCUGUCCUUGUUUUAUGUACAGGUAAUUGUGCGCACGCACCAUAGCUGAAGAGUUAAGCCUUUUUACACCUUUUUGUCAGCCUGAUCAAGGUGCUUCACAAUCCCAAUCCUGAUACUGCAAUCACAUGCAGACGUCACUGUUCCGAAGAGCUUGCUUUUUGCUAGCGAGUGCACAGUUAGUCAUAAGAAAUUUCUCGGCUUGCUGAUAAUGGGCAAGUUUGAGGAUGUUAACUCAGUGCGCAUUAGUAUGAGGAGCCUUGUGUAGUUGUACAAUUGUUCUGUCCGAGCUGAGGCUUUCGACUUGCGUUUACUGCUAGAACUAUGCAGAUAACUACAACUACUAUUACUGGAACACAGUUGUGCUUUUUGUUGCAUUGUUAUUGUACGUAGAGUUUAUAUUACUGAUAUGAGAGGAAGUAUUCACAGCCCUGCACACUGGACUCGUAAGUUAACUGUUGCAGAGAUGUGGAGCUUGCUGUCAGAAAAUGGUUUGUCUCUGCAGGAUGCAGUGCCUGGCAUUCUGUACGAGUAGUACCCUCACAUGGGCACCACUUCGUAUUAGUAGUGGCACUUGUUGCAUUUGUUGAAAAUCUGUUGUCCCUGAGCAAAGUCAUAUAUAGCUGUUGACAGCUGCUUACUCUAGAAACUUCAGUAAAGUCAGAGUAAUCUUGUUGGUGUAAUCUGGUUGAUGGAGUGGUAUCAUGAGUCUGUAAUGCUUGAUUUUUUGGCUGUUAUCAUUGGAAUUGGAGGCAAAACCACUCAGGCCUCUGAAUAUGAUGCAGUCUGCUGGCCAGUAUCACUAAGCAAAGCUUUCUUCUAGCUACCAGGUGUUACACUUAAUGUUGGGGGAUGCUGGCUCAUACAUUCCAAUUACAUUAACUUGUGAGAAGGAGCAGUUACUUUAAUGGUCAGAGGUCUACAAGGGAGCAUGUCAAAAAUUGCCACUUAACAGGUAAUGAUUUAGCAAGUGUACUUGGUUACAAAGGAAUAUCUUAAUAAUGGACGCUAUAUGACGGAUUUUUUUUUUUCAAGAAUUUUUUUACAAGUCGGGCAGGACUCAUUGUUUGCUUGCAUGCUUGCUGUCUAUGUGGUUGCUGUGCGUCAAUGAGAAAAGUUUCUUGUUUUUCUGACGACAGCACUGCAAUUGAAUGCUGGAUAUUGAAGGAAUGUGUAGGAUGGUUACCUAUGAGCAUUCCUGUACUUGCCAGUGUUCGUACUGCUGUUUUGUUGAAAUAAAAUUUCAGCAUUGAGUCCAAAUUGAAAUUUUAGCUCCAUAUUGGAAUACCUAAAACCAUACCAGCAACCAAUGAGGCCCACCAAAAACUAAUCUACGUCACCAUAUUUGCACAUCGCAGAACGUUAAUGCGACUAUGAUAUGGGCAGGUCUUUUUAACAACCCAGCUUUUUGCUCUCUUGUUGUUUAAAUACAAACCUUUCUGGUGACACCGACAUUUAGCACUAAAUAAAAAUAUACGUGGUGUUAUUCAGAAGCAUUGCUUAAAUGCAAAAGUGCUGUGAACUCAUUAGAAGCUUGUAUUGUCUGCAUUUGUGAGACACUCCACAUCUGUUAGUUCAGCAGUACACUGAAUAACAGUCUCCUAGAGUUUUCUUAUAACAGUCCUUUUCCUUCCAUUCAAUUCUCUUACUUUUGUCACUCGCACUGAAUGCCGAUUUUUGCAAAAAUGGCACAUGCAUAGGCCACUGACAACUAGGCUAAUUCAAGCAGUCGUGAUUUGCCAAUCAGCAUGUGAUGGUAUGCAUGAGCCAGUGAUGGAAUGCAGAAAAAAUGGCAUUGAAUUGUAUCUUUACAAAGUUUUGUCCUUGCUGCUCAAGAUCAAAAAGGUUGUUUGUGCUAAUGCUGCACUAUGCCACAAAACCUGGGCAUGCAUAAUUAUGCAUUUACUUAGCCGUUUUUAUCAUGCAUAUUGUACUUCGAAAAUGUGUAAUGCUCUCAGUGCUCUUAUAAGUUAUAAUGAAUUAAAGGGAAGCUGAAGUGGUUUUAAACAAUGCCAACCUGAACAUUAUUUGCUAGGUAUCAUAAAAUUAAUGUGAAAUUACCAUAAGUUUCUCUGUUCAGGUGUGUAAUUUUACAGUAGGGCUUAAAGAAAAAAAUUUGAUGCACAUACCAUUUCAUGCAAGUCCUGUGUAUGUGAGGUUUGGGAAUGGUUAUGGUGGAGUUUGCACUUUCAACAACGUUGUCAGAUGAGACUGUCAUCUACGCUUGUCUUUGGGAAGGGAUAUUAACAUUGUUGUCAUUAUUCCAGGUUACUUAAAGAAAGGUGCCAAGUUUGAAUACAUGAUUAAUUUCGGCAUUUUUCUGAACCUUCAGCACUUUUUUCUCUUGUAAGCAUGUGGACAUACAUUGUAUGCACAGGUUGCCGAAAAGCUUUGUCAAAGUGUGGCAAAUAUUUUAUUAAAAGCUCUUCAGCUUCCCUUUAGGGCUUUACACUCCUGUUGAACCGUCCGACAUUCAGCAUAACAUUUACUGACUGAAAGCUGUAAAACUUGACUUCUUGAGUUGUUGUGUUGCUCACUGAAUCUCCAGCAUGAUUAACAUGUAAAAGUGUGGGAGUGCAUUGCCUCAGCAGCAAGAAACAUUUUCCUAUGUUAUGCGUCAUGUGUGUUCAUGUUCUGAAAGCCUUGAGUGACAGCUUUUGACUUGUGAUUCAGGGCACCAUCUCUCAUGUAUCUUUCAACCACGUUAUGUCCAGUGCUGCCAUUUGCAUUUUUACAGUAUCCACUAGAUAUAUUUCUGAACUUGAAUUUUUAUUAUACAAAGUAAGGUCAUACAAGAAACAUGCUGUGAAGCAUCUGGAUCUGUAGCAUCAUGCUAAUAUGUAUCCAUGCAGAAAUAUUAACAAUAGAUACAUAAACAUACAGGCAGGAGACACCUUUAUACAUCGGAUAAGCAGCAUAUCAGAUUAGCAUUAGAAUACAAAACAUAUGAGUUUCAACAACUAAUAGCAUUCUUUGUAAUAACGUUUAAGCAUGACAGCAAAAUGCUUUUUGUUACUUUAGCUGAACAGGAAGAUGGUUCCAUAAAGAAUAACCGACACUAGAAAGCCGUCUUUUUCCAUGCACAUUUUUUACUAGUGGCUGCAACAAGUUGCUACAUUCAUAGCCACUUGUUUUGAAAUGGGAAGGCAUAAAAACUGAACGGUGAAUUUUGUAAUUUAUUAGCAGACAAAGGGGCAUGAUUUGGUAUUGAGAAAAAAGGGGUUUAGUAGAGGCUGCAUAAUUUGAAUUUUACAUAAAAUGGAUUGCAUGUUUUUGCAGGAGUACAAGUAGUUUUAUGUGACAAUCUUAUGCAUGGCCUCAGGAUUCUAUACAAUAAGAUAGUUAACUAUGAAUAGGGCAAAAUAGAUUGUUCUCAAUGUUGCUACAUCGAUAAAAGGGGGACAUUUGAUAAGGGGUAAUGCAGACAAUGCCGAGCAAUGAUAUGAUUGGCUGGCAAGAAUUUCUUAGUUGUUUUUAUAGGAACGACCAGAGGCACUGAGCAGGUCAGUGGACAUUGCAGACUUGAGAAUGGUAACUGAUAAUUGUAAACAGUGAUUGCUUCAUCAGGUUGGUAAUACAGGUACACCAGUGUACAAUAUCACGCAAACGGCGACCGAACGACGUGUCAGCGGCCUUGUUGCGGCUAAAGCCUCUCCAUCCACGCGCUACCACCACUUUUGCUAAGUAGCGACAACCUUUUAUGUGCGCCGCUGUUCCCUGAUUCGUUGCUCAAACCAGUUCCGCUUCCGCAAUUACCGCUUCCGGGGUUUCCAGUUCCGGAAUUUUCGCUUGUUGCAUGCUCGCACCUCUGCACAGCAGUGACGUCGCUUCCGCUUAAAACUAGAAGCUGGGCUACGUAAGUUCCGCUUGAUGCCGGAAACUGAGGGGUUGAGCGAGGGAGGAGUGAGGGAGAGGCACGGAGGAGGAGGGCAGGUUGGCGGUACUUAACCUGGUCGGCGAAAACGUGUAUGGAGGGGCUUUAGUUGCGGCGAGGGACAGCGGGAUUGGCAACUUUAUGUGAAGUCGUGCAAGGCGAAUUCUAAUUCUAAUGUAUUCUCCUUUGCUGUUCGCUUCAGGAGUGCCCCACACCACUACAAGACCACUAUGCGGUUGACACUCGCGGGAUAUUGUAAAAAAUUGCAAGGGUGUACAUUAUCAAAGGGAAACAAAAAAAAAAUGGUGAAAAGGCUGGGUUGUGAAGACUGUCUUGCUUUCAGUUCAAAAUCAUUUGUUUUUCCUACCUCUUGACCGACCGUACACAUGUGAGACUUAGAUGUUGGGGCCUCUACUUGGAUACUGUUUUUUUUUUUUUCUUUUUUUUCCUUAAAGUGAAGCAGUAGGCAUUGUUGCCACGAGUACACUGCAUCUGCUUUUAGACAAAACACCUAAUUGGCUGUGUCGCAGAAAUGCCAAACAACAUUGUAGAAACAAGAGCAUGUAACUGAGAGUCGGAGGCCAUCUGCCCUUUAUGCUCGCUGAUCGCGUAUUAUUCAAAACACCGACCCUCAAAUUAAGCCAACUGGGCUAGCCUACCAACCUGCAAAUCAGAUUGUCAAUUGCAGGCUGAUUAGUGUCCAUGCUUUGUCCUGUAAUGCAAGCCAGUGAUAUGAGAUCUAAGGCAUUGGCUAGACAAUCAACCACACAUCAUUCCCACGUGAGAUUGUCUCUGGGAAUGUUAUCUGGUUGACUAUCUCUAGCUUGCACAGUGCAGAAGCAUUGAUUUUGAGAUGUAGUACAAGGUAAAAUUAGUGUCCAAAGUUUGGCUGUUUUCUUGGACAGACAUGAUCCAUAGGGUGCAUUAAGCAGGCAUUUGUCACAAAAGGGCUGACUAGGAGGCAUUCCUGUCACAUAUGUGCUCUGCUAAUUACAUGUUCUCAUACACACUGCAUAUCAGUAGCGUACCCAGGAUCUCUGCCAGGGGGGGGUUGACAGUUUGCCAAUACCAUCUAAAUAGCACUAAUUUCAAUUUCUGCACAGGAAAUUGUCAAAAAAUGCGCUUUUUGUGAGUCUGCAGACGAUUGCGCGUCUUGCAUCUUAGUUGCAGUACCCAAAUGCGCAAGGAAAGAAAAGGGGUUAAACAAAAGAGGGGGGUGAAGUCGGCCUCAGGGGGGGGGGGUUACAUUCCCCGAAACCCCCCCCCCUGUCGGUGCGCCACUGCUGCAUAUGUUUACCAGCAUAAAAUUUGAAAUUUCACUUCUGUGUUCAAAAGCAGGUUUUACAGAUUCAGGAAACCAGACCGGUUCUCAGAGCCAAAGUUCAAGCUAUACCUAGACUUCACAUUUUGCUUACGGCCACAAGAUGCCUGUCAUUCACACAACACUUUCUCCAAACCACUCGGACUGUCUGAUAGUGCUUAGGGAAUCUCAAAUGCGGUGUAAUAUGGAAGAUAUGUGGGAAUACAUCUAGUGGAGAAAUACCAAAGUGGCAACACUGCGACUUGUACGCUUAAUGCAGUAAUUGCGCUCAAACUGUUCAUUCCAUUUUGUUUAUGUUCCUUUCUACUUUUGCCUUCAGUGCAAAGUGUGCUUUUGUCCAAUGAACAUAACUGAAUAGAGUUGCCCACAGUUCCUGCAAAAGAGUUGAACUAGUCUGUUGUUCCUCAGCUUUUUUAUUUUUCUUGGUAUGUUUCAAGCUGUUCAAUGCAAAGUGACCUAAUGAUGUCGCAAGAGUACCUUUAACACUUUAAGUGAAAGUGUGUUCUGUCAGUGUACACCAGUGUUUUAUUAAAGAAAAGAGGUUACCAUUAACCUCACGCCAUGACGUAAAUAACAGAAUUUCCACUUCCAGUGGGCAUCAAUUGUGCCCGUUUUUUUUUUUUUUUUUUUGUUCCCCCUGCCCCAUUGCUCGUGAGUAUUGCGUGCUCACACUUGUCAGCAAUGCUUUAUUAAGCAGAAAUGCAUGUGAUGUUGAGUCUCAUUCCAAUAGGUCUCCUGGCAUUGCAAUCAGGUGUUCAUAGUUAGCAUGUGAUCUGCGCAUUCAGCCAAAUAAAUGUUAUGAUAUAAAAUAUA